AUGCAGCAAAAUCUCCCACCAAGGAACAAGUGCAUCUCCUUCAGUCCCUGUUAUCAGUUUGUCCCUAAAUUGCCACAGAGGAGGUUGAGUCUUGCUUACAUGAGCUCUGGGUACUUUUGGUUGAGGUCUGGAUGGACUUUCCCCCCGCAGGCCUUCCUGGUAGUAGUUGCCAUUCAUCAUCGUACCCACAGGAACUACAGCAACUUCGUGCUGGGGAACGCCCAAGUCCUUCCUGUGUAUCCUAUCGUCUACUGCUCCGAUGGUUUCUGCGAGCUUACUGGAUGGGCGAGGGCGCAAAUCAUGCAGAAGGGCUGCGCCUGUAAAUUUCUUUAUGGACCCGAGACGGACGAGGAGCAUAAGGGUCAAAUCGAAAAGGCUUUGGAGAGCAAAACUGAACUAAAGAUGGAGGUGAUGUUCUACAAGAAAAACGAAUCGUUGACUUUCGGAGAUACGCCCAGCAAGCUGCUCUCACCCUCCGACGAAGAACGGCGCUUGCGGAAAACUUUGCCGGCGGAUCUGUGGCCAUAUUUAGAGGAGGGAAGGAAGACCGCUGACACUUUCAGAGAGAUACUGACGACAACCAAAUGGAGCUCGUCGUCCUUCUCUGAUCAGGAAAUCCUCAUUAAAAGUGCCGAAAAUUCCAAAACCGGAUGGAACAUGUUCUACUUGGAAAUGGAGUUGGACAUUCCCCCGUACGUCUUAUUUCGAUCCGACUGGGACACCGUUCCGGAAAUUACGAAGUGGAAUCCUCUUGUCUUGGAGAGUUCUGUUCCCUUGGAUCUCACGCCCCACUGCCGAAUAACUCAUCAAGUGUCGGCCCCGAUCGCGAACGGGCUCAUCUGGAGCCGAGAGAUCGUAGCGGUUGCUUGUUGGGAGAAGGAAGGCGACACGAUUUACUCGUCCUAUUCUAGCGUUGAGGCUAUGCUGUAUCCUCAGGGAUUCGUCUAUGCUCCCCUGGCAGGGAAUCCGAAUAAGACGCUCCUUACGUGGAUUUACCAUACGGACCUCCGAUUGGCUUUCGUCCCAACCGCAAUUCUCAACAUACGGACUCCAUCUUGUGUCCUCUGUUUUUGGUUACUUGAGUUCGACGAACUCAAGUGCAGUACCGCAUUCCUGGAUAGGGGUGCGGUACUCCAAUACAUGACUAAUGCUUUGACAGUCCCCGUCGACGAGGAAACCCCAGACUAG